GCAGGCUCCGUAUGCUCCGCCUCCUAUGCACUGGACGCAGCCUCCAGCCCGGGUUUCCCAGGAUGCAGCGCGCUGGCGGGAGGUUUGGAUCCGCGGGACUGUGCAGCCGCGUGCGGUGUCCGGGACGUGGCGGCCGAGCUCAGGUUUAAAAGCAUCAGCUGGAAUCAAUUUGCAUUUGAAAGUUGGAUGAACACAAAGACUUGGUAUUGUGGAAUGACUAGCAAACAAGCAACGUCAUCUAAUGAACAAGAAAUGCCUUUGUGUUAUAAUGGGGAAGUCCUUGUUUUCCACUUGUCUGAAGGGAAUUUUUCACAUAAAAAGCCUGCAGAAAAACCUCCCAUAUUACAUGUCAGAAGAAUGGUAUUUGACAGAGAAACAAGAUCAUUUGUUCAGAAGUCCACUGCAUUCUUCAGCAUAAAGGGAGAAAACUCUCAUUUAAAAAUUGUGUGUUGCAACUGUGUGUCAGAUUUCAGAACUGGAAUUAACCUCCCUUACGUAUUAAUACAAUGCAAUAAAAAAAAUAAUGUUUUCAAAUAUUCACUACUAUUUCUUCACAAUACCAAUAAAUUUGAAAAGCGUUUGAGUUUUAGAGUAGGCCACAAGUUGAAGGAUGGCUUAAGGGUCCUUAAUGGCCCUUCAGUUUUAUGGAGACAUGCCAACACAUUCUUCUAUACGUCUUCCAAAACUGGCAAAGUUAUUACUCUGUCAGUUAACUUAUCCUCUAUUGAGUGGGUAGGGGAGUUUGAAAAUGUAGGUAUCGUUUUAUUGGGACUAAAGAAAUGUUAUUUAUCUGAGGAAAGAUGCACCCAGGAACUUUCAAAAUCAGAUUAUGCAAUUUGGAACACCAAAUUUUGUGUAUACUCUCUUCAAAGUCAAGAAUUAUUAAGUGAUGCAUACAUUAUCCCUCCUGUUUAUAGCAGUGUGGUAACUUGUGUGCAUGUCUAUGCAACUGAGAUCAUCAACAACCAGUUAAGAAUGUCUCUGAUUGCCCUUACUCGAAAGAAUCAGCUGAUUUCAUUCCAAAAUGGGAUGCCUAAAAGUGUGUGUGAGCUUCCAUUUGGAGAUCCCUGUGCAGUUCAAUUUAUGGAUUCAGGUGGAGGAAACCUCUUUUUCAUUGUAUCCUUUAGGUCCAAUGAUGCUUGCGCUGUUUGGAAAAAGAAUUUUCAGGUUGUUGCUAAAUGGGAAAACCUUAGCUUAGUACUGGUAGAUGAUUUUAUUGGAACUGGAAGUGAACAAGUACUGCUACUUUUUAAGGAUUCCUUGAACUCAGAUUGCCUUACUUCAUUUAAAAUAACAAAUCUUGAAAACAUAAACUAUUCAAGUGAACCAUUGGAUUGCAAUGAAGAUGAUUUAUUUGAAGACAAACAAGAGAAUCGUUACUUGGUGAUUCCACCUCUGGAAAGAAGAUUAAACGUUGGUUUGGCUUCUGUUCGGGAAUUACGAAAACAUCUCUUGCUUAAGGAAAAAAUUGUUUCAAAAUCUUGCAAAGCUUUAAUAAACUUGGUUCAAGGGAAAGGUGAUAAUACAUCAAGUGCAAAACAGGAAUGUCUCGUUCCACUUUGGAGUGAAGAAGAAAAUUCUGUCCAUAUCUUUGAUGAAAAGUUACCAGACAAUUUUCAAGAUUCAAAACAGCUGGUAGAGAAGAUAUGGUAUCGUGUAAUGGAUGAUAGUUUGGUUGUUGGAGUGAAAACCACAUCUUCUUUGAAGCUGUCCCUGAAUGAUGUGACUUUAUCAUUGAUAAUGGAUCAAGCCCCUGGCUCCAGUUUUCCGCUCAUUAAGUGUCAAAAUAGGGUGAUUAAGUUGAGUAUGGAUUCUCUCCCAGCACCACACUUGAUGCCGCAUGAAAUAGGAUUAGAGGCAAAAAAGAUCAAGCUGACCCUUGAUAGUGAGGAAAAGGAAAGCUUUGUUUGUGAACAACCAUCUAAGAAAGAAUGUGUACAGAUGAUUACUGCUGUAACAACUCUUUCACCACUUUUAGUAUUCAGUAAAUUUUGUUGCUUUGUGCUGCUACAAAUUAGGGAGAGAGAAACUGGUAACUAUCCUGAAGUUCGUUAUAUUCUGUGUGGCAGACUUUUUUUAAGUCUAGAAGAUCUUUCAAGUGGGAAAUACAUACUGACAUUUCCAAAGAAGAAACCUAUAGAACACAUGGAAGAUCUUUUUGUACUUCUCGCAGCAUUCCACAAAUCUUGUUUUCAAAUCACGUCAUGUAGAUAUGCCCUGGGUUCAAUGAAGGCAUGGCUCUUAGAACACAUGAAAUGUGAAGUCAUCAAAGAAUUUCCAGAAAUAUGCUUUUGUAAAAGGCCAGGAAGUUUCUAUGGGACACUCUUUAAAUGGAAACAAAGAACACCAUUUGAAGGGAUUUUAAUAAUUUAUUCAAGGAAUCAAACAGUUUUGUUCCAGUGCCUUCAUAGUCUCAUCACAGUUCUCCCUGUAAACUGUAUUUUGAGAAAUCUAAAAUUAGGAAGUGAAGAUUUCCUAAUUAAUCAUAUGGCAAUGUCUUUGGAGAAGGAAUUGGUUACACUUGGUUCUCUUUCUUCUGGUUUAUCUAAAGUUGAAAGCAACUUUGUGCAGAGGUGUGAAGCAAGCAAAGGAAAGAAUAGUGUCGUAGCUGCUUUAUCAGACAGAGAGGAAGAAAUUCAUUGGUACAGAAAAGAACUUCAGAGAGAAAAGGAGAAAGCAUUGGAAACAAACCUAAAAGUGAGUGGUGCCCUUUACAGGGAAAUAACUUUGAAAGUAGCUGAGGUUCAGUUAAAAUCAGACCUCACUGCACAGAAACUGACCAAUUUAUAAUUACAGUUUCAAUUUGAUAUUUUAGAAUGUGUUUUCACUGCCAUAAAGUUUUGGUUCCACUUGCUAUAUGUCUCUUUUGUAAAAAUAAAGAUUGAGGCUUAUUAUAAUAGAAUCUUUAGUUUUGAUGCACAAAGUGUGGUAUGCCUUGUAGAGCAGCAGUUCUCAACUAGGGCCAUUUUGCCUCUCCCCACUCCUUCCCCCAGCCCCUACAAGGGUCAUUUGGCUAUGUCUGGAGAUAGUUUUUGGUUGUCAGAAGUUGUGGGGCCAGGGAGAGGUGAGGCAGGGGUGCUCUGGGGCAUCUAGGUGGUAGAGGCUAGAGGAGGCUAGAGGAGACCAGGGAUGCUGCUAAACAUCCUACUAUGCACAGGAAACCCCCCACAACAAAGAAUUAUCUAGCCUAAAAUGUCAAUAAUGCAGACGUGGAGAAACCCUGUCUUAAAGUUAUCACAUAUAUGAAGACAGAAAUGACAUAAUUGUAUUUGAGUCUAAAUCUUUUUAAAAACUUAAUCCUUUUCUUAUA